AUGAUAACAAUUAUAUCAAAAGAUAAUGUGAGGAUUAAUAUUUCCAAAUAAAUUAUUGAACUAGCAAAAGGAUUAGAGCCUUAUUCAAUUGAUAAAGAUAUAGUUUUUGAAGAUAUUGUGACUGGAAAUUUUUUAUAAACAUUUAAAUUAUUUUAUGAGGAAUUCUAAUUUGAUAUUGAAAAAAUGAAAUUCCCUAAGCCUAUUUAAUCAAAAGAAAAUCAAAAAAUAUUUGGUAAAGUCUUAUUGGAACAUAUUAAACCCUAUAUGGAUAUUGCAAAUAGAGAUAAAAAUAUUGAUAUAUUUAUUCCAUUUAUUCAAGGCGCUUACUUAUUUUAAGCUAAACAUUUUAUUGAAUUUAUUAAUUGUUGUUUAGCUAUGAUGAUAUAAUUCAAAGGAUAAUCUGAAUAUGAUAUUAAAUAAUUUUAAAAAGAUUGGAAUCUGUCUGAUUUAUAAUAAGAAUCCUAGUUUAAUUAGUAAAAUUUUAUAUUAUCUAGAUUAUUUUUUUAGAAAUUAUAGAAUAAAUACAUUUAAGUAUUAUCUACAAAAGAAGGUGAAUAAUAAGUACAAUAAAUACCUAUGGAAGAAGAUUUAUUUAGUGAUGAAUGGUGA